UGGCGAGAUUGAGAUAUCAUUGCGGGUUCUUGGUAACAGGGGUUGCAAGAGUGUUGAACCUUCUGGUGGUGGCUGGUGGAAUUGCGGCUAUUGUGAUGGUUUUUGUGAUAGAGAAGACCCCCCAAUCUGUGGUAGGACUGGGAUUGAUUGGUGUGGGUGUCGUUUCUGUCGUCACUGGCAUGAUCGGUGUGUGUGCCGCUUCACGAAACUCGUGCUUUGGAUGUUACCUGUUGCUAGCCAUUUUGACGGCGGGAGCGCUUGCCACGUCAGCUCUGUCCAUCUACUUGCGUCCGAAUGAGGUUAGGAGUAGACUUCACCCGCGAGGGAACACGUCGGAUGCCGAUGUGAAGCAGAUCUUGAGGAUUCAAGGAGGAAUUUUCGCGGGAAUGUUCGUGGUGAGCGUAGCGGGUAUCGUCUUGGCCUUCUUCAUCAGUUGUUGUGACCUGGUGAAUUACAAUUACGAGGAUUUGGAGUCGUCGGACAGAAGGCGGACAGAUCUGCAGAAAAUCAGGGAGGAUGCGAAGAAGGGGGUCGACAAGAAGGCUCCCUCGAGAGCAGCGGCUCUCGCGGACAAGAUGAGAGAAAAGUACGGCAAGUUCUCCGAUGAGUUCGGAGGAAAGUAGGAAAAUCUAUGUCAGAGGAGAGAGAGAGAGAGAGAGCUGUCUCUUAUACACAUCUAGAUGUGUAUAAGAGACAGGGCCGGGCAACUGGCCCCGGACCACUCUGGUAGCCUAGAUUUAUACGCGAUACAUAAAAAUACAAAAUUUAUAAAUAAAAACAUAUUUGUUGC